UUCAAAAACAAAAGAAGAGGUAAAAGCAAAGGAAGGAAGUUUCCUCUGUAGGGAAUUGUUGGCUGGAUUUCUCUUUUCUCACUGCCUUUUUUUCUUCCUCAAAGUUCCUGAAUGUUGGAAUUUUCUGCCCCAAAACCAAAGUCUCCUCUUAACAAAACAGUGUUUUCUCUGGUCAGAUGCUUCAAAUAGGUAGUUAAUAUCCACCCAAAUAACAACAGUUUCUUAGUAUUUAUUUUCUUACUAAUCGAGGUCAUUUUUCAUUUGUCUAUGUUUUUGGUCUUCAAAUUUGCUUUUUGGGUUAUCUUCUCUACCUUGUUUGUUGCUUCUCAACCUAACUACUUCAUAAAAAUCUAAAAAUUGUUUAAUUAUUUUAUAUUAUAUCACCAUAGGAAUUUUGGCCCUUUUCCUUUGUCUUAAUCACAAGGUCAAAUCCUCAACUCUUUCCUCUUCCUUCAAAGUUCAAGGUUCAUACCAAAUUCUCACCUUCCUCUUCAUUUUUGGGUUCAUCUUUCACUUGCAGCAAGCAGGCUCAAAAUUUCAACAUUUUGAUACAGACGAUAUCGGGGGAGGGGGAAAUCGAACUUGGAACCUCGAGCGCAAGGGUGAAUGAAACUCGAAUUGUGUGAUAGAACUUGUGUUCCUCAACGACAGAAGAAGUAAACCAAAACCAUGUCUUUAGUUCGGCCAGCAGAGCUCUCCACCACAUCAUACAGAAAUCGCAAAUUAUAUUCUUUAAAUGGCAGCAAUGACGGUUCCAGCUUGUCAACUCAAAUAUUUGGGGCCGAUGAGCACAAGGCCGUGUAUGUGAAUGAUUCUUACAGCAGUGAGACUUACGAGAAGUACUUCCUUGACUCCCCAAUGGAAGAAGUUACACAUCCAUCCAGCUCUGGCAUUUCUGGAAGUUCGACUAACCCACGAGGUGCCUCAUAUUACCAGCUAACAGCUGGAUCAGUUUCCUCCUUGAAUACUCAAAAUCCAUAUAUCACUUCUUUAAUGUCCAAUUUUGAGUCAGAUUACUUAGAGAGUCAAAGCCCCGAUGCGGAUAGCUUUGAUGAAGAUAAGAUGAGAUUGAAGCUUCAAGAAUUGGAGAGAGCACUGCUUGAUGACAAUGAUGAUGAUGAAGAUGAUGGGGAGAAAAAUUGCUGUAGUCGAAGCAUGGAAGUGGAAGGUGAAUGGAUUGAUCCGAUCCAGAGUGAAUUGCUCCAUGACUCACCCAAGGAGUCUUCAUCAUCUGAUUCUAACGCGAGCAGUAUCAGCAUCAACAAAGAAAUAUCACAUGCUUCUCCUCGGACACCCAAGCAGCUGCUUUUUGAGUGCGCUGGUGCACUUUCAGAGGGAAACAAUGAAGAAGCAUCAACGAUGAUAAAUGAGCUUCGACAGAUGGUGUCGAUUCAAGGAGAUCCCACACAGAGGAUUGCAGCUUACAUGGUGGAAGGCCUAGCAGCUCGCUUGGCUUCCUCAGGAAAAUUUCUUUACAAGUCUUUGAAAUGCAAGGAACCCCCGUCUUCUUAUCGCCUUGCAGCCAUGCAAAUCCUUUUUGAGGUGUGUCCUUGCUUUAAAUUUGGAUUUAUGGCAGCAAAUGGAGCCAUCAUAGAGGCAUGCAAAGAUGAAAAGCGAGUUCACAUCAUAGAUUUUGACGUAAACCAGGGGAAUCAAUACAUAACCCUCAUACAAACACUUUCGAGCCUGCCAGGUAAGCCACCACACUUAAAGUUAACAGGGGUGGAUGAUCCCGAGACAGUUCAGCGUCAUGUUGGAGGCCUUAACAUCAUUGGACAAAGGCUUGAGAAGCUGGCAGAAGCGCUGAAAGUUCCAUUCGAGUUUCGUGCAGUAGCCUCGAGGACUUCAAUCGUCAAUUCUUCAAUGCUCGGCUGCAAGCCUGGGGAAGCAGUUGUGGUUAACUUUGCUUUUCAGCUUCACCACAUGCCCGACGAAAGUGUUUCAACAGUUAACCAGAGAGACCAGCUUCUUCGGAUGGUGAAAAGCUUGAGGCCCAAACUCGUUACAGUUGUAGAACAAGAUGUGAACACCAAUACAACCCCUUUUAUCCCAAGAUUUGUUGAAGCCUACAACUAUUACUCUGCUGUUUAUGAUUCCCUUGAUGCAGCUCUCCCUCGGGAGAGUCAGGAUAGGAUGAAUGUUGAAAGGCAGUGCCUUGCACGGGACAUAGUGAACAUUGUGGCAUGCGAAGGAGAGGAAAGAAUAGAGCGGUAUGAGGUAGCUGGAAAGUGGAGGGCUAGGAUGACCAUGGCAGGAUUUACUUCAUGUCCUAUGAGCACCAGUGUGACUGAUUCGAUUCGGGAUCUUAGCAGACAGUACAGUGACAGGUACAAAGUGAAGGAGGAGGCAGGGGCGCUUCAUUUCGGGUGGGAAGGCAAAAGCUUGAUUGUUGCUUCAGCGUGGAGGUGAUGAUCGUUCAGCUCCAAACUACUGCUACGCUUUCAUUCAGUCUUGUACUUUGAUUUUGUGUGGGGAUAAAGACUCACGGCAAUACAGAGGCAAUUUCAGAGAUUGACUACAAUACUUACAUAUAUUUAAUACAACUACCAUCUCGAUUGUAAGGUGGCAAUUGUAUUAAAUACACUUAAGUUUAUAGUCAAUCCCGUAAUUUCGAGUUUAUAAAUAAAGGAACGUAGGGAGCUGCCAGUUUUCUAACACUGAUAAACGAUCUCAAUGCUUGUAAUAGAAUAACCUUAUGUACUCUCCUGUAUAAUUUUGUGCAGAUGUGUCGUGAUAUUGUUGAUGUUGCGAGCUUAAAAUUAUCGAUA